AUGUAUUCUAAUUUUGCUCCGCGUCUCAUUUUUAUACUGUUUGAUCGUCAACAAAAACCUGUUCAUGAUCUCCUUCAAAAUUCCCGUUGCCAAGCGGUUGCACGACUCUGCCCGCCGUUGGGAGGAGCUACGGUGUACAGAGAUAUAAGCCGCCUCUUCUACUGCGUCCUUUCUCUUCUUCUUCAUACCUACGGUAUCUGUCAGGAUUUAGUUUUCAUCACUACGGCAAGGCUGAAUCCUCUCUCCCUUACUGCGACCACCUCUGUCAUCUCAGCUGCUUCCGCAUUUGUGUGCAAGAUCCCUAUUUCCAUCCAGAAACUUCGCCCAAUUCCGGUACGAGCGCUAGACCAGACGACAACGACGACGAAAUCAGUCGGUGGCCGCCAUGCGGCACGAUUGGCUAGGACUCGCCAACCCCUUCCAGCCUCCCGGUUUGCAACUAGUCCUCCCAAGACCCUACCAGUUAUGAACGCCACUCUGGAGAAGAAGAGGACAACGACAAGGGUCGUUCCCACCAAUAUCUCAAAUGUACCGAAGUCGGUUCCUGUCAAGAAUGGGGCUAGAAUGAGCCGACCCCUCGCCACGGAUAUGAAGUGCGCAGUUAAGAAGGUACGACCCUUUGCUUCUGUCGGUGAGAAGAGCACCAUUGAAAAGGCUAGAUCCUUCGCCGCCAUCUCAGAGAAAAGGGCAUUGGCGAAGAAGACUGUGCAUAAGUCAGCGACUGUUAGAUUCCAACUAGUGGACCGUCGAUUUCUGUCACUGUUCGAAAAUCGAGGAGCUCAAAACCUCAAUCAGGCAAGGUCGCUGUCCAAGGAACCGGUGAGAAGCGGAAGAUCUCUCAAGUUCCUAUCCCAGCUGUCGUUCCGAGACCCUGGAUGGACUUGGAUUCUAGCAUCCCUAUCCUGUGCUACAUCAUCCAGGCCCGCGCUGGCCCAUUCUCCCCUUCCUUCCUUCCUUCAAUCUGAGGGAGGAACCCCCGACUCUGUGGGGCACGUGUUCACGUCUCAGAAGCAAGUCAAGCGAGCCGUUAAGGUUGAGGAGCCGAGUCCCAUUUACAAGUUCGUGUAG